GAUCAACACAAACUACCCACGUCGUACAGACUCUACAGAUAAUAAUCCAAAACCUCUACACGCCCUUAAAAACUGCAAAUCAUCAGAUCAGCAAAACACGAAGAAGAAGAAGAAGAAGAAGAAGACAUGGCUUCAAGCGAUGAAACCCCAGGUCAAAUGCCUCCCGGCGACGGCUCUGUGCCACCGGGGAAGCCAAUGACAGUGGGACAGCAUAUAAUCGACAAAGGGGCUCAAUUGACGCAAUCCUUGAAACCAAUCAAGCAGAUGAGCCAGCAUGUCUGCACUUUCGCAUCAUAUAGCCAUGAUAUGACUCGCCAAAUCGAGACUCAUCACUAUGUUAGCCGCCGCAAUCAAGAUUUCUUGCAGUGUGCUGUUUAUGAUUCUGAUGACUCCGAUGGACGCCUAAUCGGGGUUGAAUAUAUAAUAUCAGAUCGGAUCUUUGAAACACUUGGUCCGGAGGAACAGAAGCUUUGGCAUUCACAUGGUUACGAGAUUCUCUUGAUAUCUGAAGCCCUUUACUUUUUGAAAAAUGUGAUUAUUAUGGUCCAGAUUACAUCAGGGCUGUGGGUGAAUCCUCGUGUUCCAGAGAUGAUUCAGAAGCCUGAACUCAGAGAUUUAGCCCGGAGUUACGGCAAGUUUUGGUGCACUUGGCAAGUUGACAGAGGUGAUAGGCUUCCCCUUGGUGCACCUGCACUGAUGAUAUCUCCACAAGGUGUGAACGUGGGCAUGGUGGAUUUAGUUAAGAAAAGGGAUGACAAGUACAAGAUAUCAUCUGAGGAACUGAAAAUAAGCAGGAUAGAUAUUGCAAUACCUGAGAUGACAAAUUCGUCUGCGGAUUACUGGAUGCAGACUGGCAAAGGUUUUGCCAUUGAUGUAGAGAAGACAGAUAUGGAAUUGAGGGCGCCAUUUCCAUGAUAAUUAUAAACUCUGAUUUGUUUUGUUUUCUGUAACUAAGCACAUGAAAAUAAAAGAUGUGGAUCUCUCUCUCUCUCUCUCA